AUGGCCUCCGGUGUAAAAGUAACAGAUGACGUUAUUGCUGUCUUCAAUGACAUGAAGGUGCGUAAGGCUCAGGCCAAUGAGGAGGAGAAGAAGAAGAGGAAGAAGGCCAUUCUCUUUUGUCUCAGCAAAGACCUCAAGAACAUCGUCCUGGACGAAGGCAACGAAAUUCUGCAGGGAGACCUGGGCACCACUGUCCACGAUCCCUACCAGCACUUUGUGAACAUGCUCCCACCACAAGAUUGCCGCUACGCUUUGUAUGACGCAACCUAUGAGACCAAAGAGACAAAGAAGGAGGACCUGGUCUUUAUUUUCUGGGCGCCAGACAAUGCCCCUUUGAAGAGCAAGAUGAUCUAUGCCAGCUCAAAAGAUGCCAUCAAGAGGAAAUUUGAAGGCAUCAAGCACGAGUGGCAGGUGAAUGGCUUGGAAGAACUGAAAGAUAGACACACCCUCGCCGAGAAGCUGGGCGCGGGGUCAGUAGUGAGCUUGGAAGGAUGCCCUUUAUAA